GGGGAGAAGAGAAAUACGCGGAAUUAGUUAAUUCGAUCCGGAUACAGAGUGAAAAUGUGUUUAACUACUCAAACUAUAAUUAAAUUCCCAAAUAGAGAUCAUCCAGAUCCGUCAAGAUCAUCCACUGUCGAAACGGUGACUCUAAUUAAACCAAAUUACAUGUACUCUGCUCAGUCCUUAAACUGGAAAUGGAGUUCUCAACGUCUUUAUCAACGAGCUCUGCAAUACUCCACCGUGCACCCUCAGAGAAUUUUCUGCUGCUCAAAGGAGUGAACUGUAAUCAACGCUACUCUUCGUUUCUUCGGAUUAGACGGGCAGUUGGCCCUUCAGGAAUUUCGAUUCCGAAGGAAAAUCGUUUGCAGAGUAACCGCCAAUGUAGAUUCUACAUACACAUGCCUUUGUUUUCAGGUAUGCUGCCAGAAGAAACAAAUUCCAGUCAUAGAUGCCAGAUGCAUGGAUGACAUAUAUGAUGCCUUGGCCAAACGUAUUGUUCCUACUGCUGCUGCCGCAUCAAAUCCCCAUUUUAAGCAUAUUGUUGGCCUGGCAGGUCCUCCGGGUGCUGGAAAAUCUACUCUUGCAUCUGAGGUGGUUAAGAGAGUUAAUAUGUUGUGGCCACAAAAGGCUUGUUCCUUUGAUUCACAAGUGGAAACACCUGAAGCUGCCAUUGUUCUUCCAAUGGAUGGAUUCCAUCUUUAUCGCCACCAACUUGAUGCAAUGGAGGAUCCAGACGAAGCACAUGCCAGAAGGGGAGCUCCAUGGACAUUUGAUCCCGAACUACUGUUGAUGUGCUUAAAAGCUCUGAAAGAUCAGGGAUCAGUAUAUGCUCCAUCAUUUGACCAUGGUGUUGGAGAUCCAGUAGAAAAUGAUAUAUUUGUGAAUGUUCAUCACAAGGUGGUGAUAGUUGAAGGCAAUUAUUUGUUGUUGGAAGAGGGCGUAUGGAAUGAAAUUUCAUCAAUAUUUGAUGAAAAGUGGUUUAUCGAUGUUGACAUUGAAAAAGCAAUGCAAAGGGUUUUGAAGAGGCAUAUUGGGACAGGGAAACCUCCUGAUGUUGCUCAAUGGCGGAUUGAAUACAAUGACAGACCCAAUGCCGAACUUAUCAUUAAAUCAAAGAAAAAUGCAGAUUUGGUGAUAAACUCAAUCAACUCUUAAAGAUGAUUCAAUCCCAAAAUCCUCUUGCCUGAAAUAUGAAACCUGUUUUAUUGCAUACAAGGUAGAUGCCCUAUGAAGGAAGCCAAGGGGUAGAUGUAUACAUAACAUAUAGUUUGAUGUAGUCCUGGGAAAUAUUUCUUCAACUAGUGUUUUGUUUAUUUUAAAAUAAACACAAAUAAUGUACAUUAAGAGCAAAGUAUCGUUUGGCAGGGGGUGUUUGUGUCCAAAUCGCUACCCUUUUCCUUGUGGCUAGUAAAAAUCACUAACUUCGGCACCUAGGGGACUAGGGAAGAAUUAUUCCUCUAUUUCCAGUGGAAAAAUCCAUAUGCAUACCCAACACAGAAGAAAAUUGUCACUAUCUUAAAAAAAUAAGCACUUGUGGUGUAUAAGUUUUGA